AUGUUUGGAGAAUUGAAGGAAAUAGAAAAAAUAGUAAGACUUUUAUAUUUACUAGUGAAUAGUCUGUGAUAGAUAAAACUAAGAGAAAAAUUUUAGAAGUAGCUUAUUUAUUAUUCUUUUUUUAUUAAUCAUUAGAUUGGCAAUUUAUAUGUAGAAAAUUAAUAAAUUAUCUAGUUUUAAUGCUUUGGUUAGUUGCACUAUCAAUAAUUCAUUGGAUUUCAAUAAAAAGAGCUGGAUUUCUAAUUGCAGAGUCUUAAAUAAAUUUUAGUGAUAAUCUAAAAUUAGUAAUGACAUUUAUUGUGCUAUUUUAUAUUGAUAUAAAAGUAACAAAUUUAGAAUAAUUUAGUUAGAUAAGUCUCUAUUUUUUUUAUGGAACAGAAGAAAAAUUUUAAAAUGUUUUAUUUGGUUUUGAAUUCAUGCUUUUACCAAUAAGAAUAGCUUUGCCAUUUAUAAAGUAUGUAAUUAAUCUCUUUGAAAUUUUAACUCUUUCAUAAUUUGAUUCAAAAUAAACAAUCUUCUCUGGAUUAGAAGUAUUAUCAACAAUGUUAAAAUUAUGUGUUUAAAUUAUGCUUUUUUAAUACGUGUUAAAUACAUAAGGAUUUUUGUUGAUUUUAUUUGUAGAUACUUUUGAAAAUGCUUUUGCUAUGCUUAAAAAAUUAAAAGCCUUUUACAAUUAGAUGAAACUCGUUAGAAUGAUUGAUAAGAUUUAAGAUGUAGAUAAAAUAGAAUCUCAUGAUUCUACCUGUUUAAUAUGUCUAAAUGAAUUAGAGAAUGGAAAAUAAUUAUCUUGUGGCCAUGUAUAUCAUAAAAGUUGUUUAAAAACUUGGAUUUCUGGGAAUUCUAAUUAAUUUUGUCCUAAAUGCAAAUAAACAAUUAAAUUAGAAGAGAACAAAAUUCAAUAGACUGGUGUAUAAACUAAGAAAUUAAAAUAAUAAAUAUUAUUUUAGGAAUUGAAAGAAAUUAAAAGCAAUAUAUAACUCUUACAGAUUUUAAAUCAAUGUCGAAACAUUUCAAAUAAUGUAUAGAAUACUUAAGGAAUUGGGAAUGUAUAGUAUGGAUUACCAUGUGAAGCAUUACAAUAUACAUCAGGAGUAACAGAAAUUAAAAGACUCUAAAUUAAUUAUAUGAAUAAGAUAAUGAGUGGGAUAGAGAAGGGGAUCAUUGAAAACCAUUUAUUACCUAAAUGA